AUGAAUUUUAGAUUUGGUCAAAAGUUUUUUGGCUUACGAAAUUUUGCUAGAGGCUUUUUAACUCGAGAGUCGUCACCUGUCAAAGCUCAUGCUUUGAUACCGUUUGUAGUUGAACAAACGUCAAGGGGUGAGCGUUCAUAUGACAUAUUUUCUAGGCUUUUAAAAGAGAGGAUUGUAUGCUUGAAUGGUCAUGUAGACGAUAGUGUAGCAGCUGUAGUUGUAGCUCAAUUGUUAUUUCUUGAAGCUGAGAAUCCAGAAAAACCGAUCAGCUUAUAUAUUAAUAGUCCCGGCGGUACUGUAACCGCCGGUAUGGCUAUUUAUGAUACUAUGCAGUACAUUCAAUCACCGGUAUCAACACUUUGUAAUGGCCAAGCAUGUUCAAUGGGAUCAUUACUUUUGGCUGCGGGUGAACCAGGAAAACGUUAUACACUUCCUAAUUCUACUAUAAUGAUACAUCAACCAAUAGGCGGUGCCACAGGUCAAGCAACUGAUAUUGCUAUUCAUGCUAAAGAGAUACUAAGAGUUAGGGAAAGAUUAAAUAAAAUUUAUAAAAAACAUUGUAAUAAGCAUACACUAGAAGAAAUUGAAAUCGCUGUUGAUAGAGAUUACUACAUGACUGCUGAAGAAGCUCUAGAGUUUGGUUUGGUCGAUAGGGUUUUGGAAAAAAGGGAAGUUAUCCCACCCGAACAAUUAAAAUAA